CUCACUUCUCUCUCUCCAUCUUUAUCCUUUUCCUUUUGAUGCUUCAUUCUCCCUUUUCAUUUUCCUCUCUGUAUCAAAAAAAAAAACUCUCACCCAAGCUUUCUUCUCAGAUUUCAAAUUAAAAAAAAAACACUAAUCUCUACCAAGUGUAAUAAUCCGUUUCAUUUUUCCGACAGAUCUAACCAAAUAAUCUCCGAAUGCCGUUACAAAGAUCGAGAGAGAGUGUUUAUCUAAUGAACAGAUGAUGCGUGAGCCGCUCGUGAGCGAACCAGAACUCCCAAACGACGUCGUACUACCCGAAGCUACUCAACUUCUACUAACCACCACCAAAAACGCCGCCGUUUCGCAAAACCUUCUAGAAUCAUCAUCAGAAGAAGCAACAGAGAGACGAGACGAUCUGUUACUCCUCUCCCUCACCCCGAUGGUCCGAUCCAAAUCCCAAGGCGCGACCCGGCGCGUGACUCCCACGCCACCUCCCCCCGACGUCGAGAAGCCUCUCCCCAACGGGGAUCUCUACACCGGCACCUUCUCCGGCGGCUUCCCCAACGGAUCCGGCAAAUACCUCUGGAGCGACGGGUGUAUGUACGAAGGCGAGUGGAGACGCGGCAAGGCCAACGGCAAAGGCAAGUUCUCGUGGCCGAGCGGCGCCUCCUACGAGGGCGAGUUCAGGUCCGGGAGGAUGGAAGGCUUCGGCGCCUUCGUCGGCGCCGACGGCGACACCUACCGGGGGCACUGGAUCGCGGAUCGGAAACACGGACACGGCGAGAAGCGCUACGCGAACGGCGACUUCUACGAGGGCGCGUGGAGGAGGAACGCGCAGGACGGGAGGGGGCGUUACGUGUGGAGGAACGGGAACGUUUAUAAAGGGGAGUGGCGUAACGGCGUGAUUAACGGGAGAGGUUGUUUGGUGUGGCCUGACGGAGACCGUUACGAGGGGGUGUGGGAGAACGGUGUGGCGAAAGAGAGUUUGUUAGAGGGGGUAAUUGAGAAGAGGAAGAGGUCAAGUGUGGAUAGUGGGGAGAAGGUGGUGUUUCCUAGGAUAUGUAUAUGGGAGUCAGAUGGGGAGGCGGGGGAUAUUACGUGUGAUAUUGUGGAUAAUGUGGAAGCUUCUGUGAUUUAUAGGGAUUUGUUGUGUGUGGAGAGGGAUGGGUUUAGGCAGUUUAGGAAGAAGAGUCCUUGUUGUUUUAGUGGUGAGGCUAAGAAGACUGGGGAGACUAUCUCUAAAGGGCAUAAGAAGUAUGAUUUGAUGCUCAACUUGCAACAUGGUAUCAGGUAUACUGUUGGCAAACAUGCUUCAGUUGUUAGAGAUCUUAAGCAGAGUGAUUUCAACCCGAGUGAGAAGUUCUGGACGAGGUUCCCACCGGAGGGUUCUAAGACUACACCGCCGCAUCAGUCUGUGGAUUUCCGCUGGAAAGACUAUUGUCCUUUGGUGUUUAGACGCCUGAGGGAGCUUUUCACGGUGGAUCCUGCUGAUUACAUGUUAGCUAUAUGUGGGGACGAUGCUCUUCGGGAACUGUCUUCACCUGGGAAAAGUGGAAGCUUUUUUUACUUAACUCAAGAUGACAGGUUUAUGAUUAAGACAGUGAAGAAAUCAGAAGUCAAGGUGCUUCUACGUAUGCUUCCAAAUUACUACAAACAUAUCUGCCAAUAUGAAAACUCGCUUGUGACUAAGUUCUACGGUGUUCAUUGCAUUAAACCUGUUGGUGGCCAGAAGACUAGGUUUGUCGUCAUGGGGAACUUGUUCUGCUCUGAAUAUAGAAUCCAGAGACGGUUUGACCUUAAAGGGUCUUCCCAUGGUCGCUCCACCUCCAAACCUGAAGCAGAAAUUGAUGAAACUACUACUCUUAAGGACCUUGAUCUCAAUUUCUCUUUCCGUCUUCAGAGAAAUUGGUAUCAAGAACUAAUGACGCAAAUUAAACGAGAUUGUGAGUUCUUGGAAGCUGAGAGAAUAAUGGAUUAUAGCCUUUUAGUCGGAGUUCACUUCCGUGAGGACAGCACAGGAGACAAGAUGGGUCUUUCUCCAUUCGUUUUGAGAUCUGGUAAGAUAGAGUCAUAUCAAAACGAGAAAUUCAUGCGUGGUUGUCGGUUCCUGGAGGCUGAACUUCAAGACAUGGACCGUAUCUUAGCUGGCAGGAAACCGUUGAUAAGAUUAGGUGCAAACAUGCCUGCAAGAGCAGAACGAAUGGCUAGAAGAAGCGACUUUGAUCAAUACUCAUCUGGAGGAACAAACUAUAUGUCACACGGAGAGGUGUACGAGGUGGUUUUGUACUUCGGAAUCAUUGACAUUUUGCAAGACUACGACAUAAGCAAGAAGAUAGAGCAUGCGUAUAAGUCUCUACAAGCAGAUCCGUCUUCAAUCUCAGCUGUUGAUCCCAAACUAUACUCCAAGAGGUUUAGAGAUUUCAUCAGCAGAAUCUUUAUUGAAGACGGCUAAAGAUAAUAAAAGGUCUCUUCUUGUGUUUAACUCUCUGGAAUUGAGAAAGCCAAAGAUGCAUAUGCUGCUUGAGGAGCAAAGGAGACUUCAUAGCUUGAUGAGGUGAAUUGAAUUCUUUCAUUUUAUAUUAAUGAGAGUGAUGAGUUGAUCAGAAACAAAUUUUUGGGUUGGGGUUUUUUAUUAUUUUUAUUUUGGAGGAAGAUAUAUGUGAAUAUAGAUUUGUGAAGUACAUAAGCUGAGGGAAAAAAAAAUUGGGGAAUAAGAUAAGUUUAAAUGAAAAGUAUGGGUGGUUUAUAUUAAUCCCAUUUGUCUUAGUUCUCCCAUUUUUAUUUUAUUUUUUGUAAGGUAAUUUUAUUAGUUGUGACAAAAGAAAAAAAGUUAAAAGAUUUAUUAAAAUCUUCAAAAGAGGUCCCUCCCAUAUUCUCAUGGGAUCCAUCUCCUUCACCAUCCUUUUCACAUCUAAAGAUACUUUAGAAACAAACUGUUGUUAUUCAAACUCUAUUUCAAGUCACAUGUGGUGUUGUUCACAUACAUAUUUGGUAUUUCUCAGUUUGUAUAAGGAUAAUAUUGAG